AUGUCAAUGUUUUGCAUUGUUUUAAAGACGCUACCACUUCCUGAUGACUCCGUAUCUAAACUAAAAGAAAAUGUUCAGUGUACAUCGAUUACCUCAUCAUCAAAAUCUUCCGAAGUCGAAGAUAAUCCAUGUUAUAUUAAAAAAAUGAAUCAACCGCAACUGGCACCUGCCAAUGCACUCGCAAAUGGUUUUGCAACAUUUCAGAACCAAGUUGAAUUAGCCGGUCAAUCAUUCACAAUAGAUCCCAUAAUGAGACAGAAAAUUUUCCACAUGUUUGAAGAAUUUAAUAUCAGUGUUUGUGGUUCAGCUAGAGUUGAACGAUAUAAAGAUGUCGAACAGCAUAUUGAUCAUUUGCCAUCGGGUGUCGAUGAACUACCACAAGGUAUUAUGGUUUGCUUAGAUGAUGGUAAAGUCUUCCGUUGCCUUAUUCGAAACAAUCAGACUCUAACAGCUUUACUCUUGUUUGUCACAUAUACAUCUUGUUAUAAUAUCAACAAGAAUGAAGAUAGUGAUAAUAAUUUGGAACUCGAACUUCGUUCAAUACUAAAUCAUUUGAACGAUGAUAAUUCAAAUGAAAAUGAAGAACGUUCAAUUUCACGUGGUAAUGUAUUGAAUAUUCUAGAUUAUAACAUAUUUUUAAACUAUGUCUAUCUUUCAAAUUUAGAAAGCGAAGAUGAUAAUGAUAACAACAACCUUUUUAAUAAACGUCAGGGAGGUUAUAGUUCUAUUGAUUUUCAAAGCAGAUGUGAGAUAAUCUGCAUUGGAAAAUAUCGUCAACAGGGUAAAAGUAUGUUGACAGCUUCGAAACUUUGUCAAAACGAAUGUCCAGUAAAACGAAUACAGAAUACCGAUGAUAUUGCAAAUGAUUUGGAUGAUACAGAAAAUAAAAGAGAUCAGAAUACGGUGAAUAAACAAGAACUUUCAUGUCAAUUGGCCUGUAUUGCACCUCUAAGAGAACAAGGAAUUUCAGCUCGAGAAGCUAUUAAAUAUUGUAGCAAACAAUGUCAAUUAUCGAAACGUCAAAUGUUAGAUUUUUUACUUCAACAAGCUCAAGAGGAUAAUUAA